UCACUUUGAGCUCUGACUCACGGCAAAGAUGAACUACAGAGAGCACUACACUUCUUCCUCCUACCGGAAGAUUUUCGGGAAUUCUUCCAGGUUCUCCGCCGCCUCCUCCUCUUCCUCCCCCCGUAUGAGCAGCUCCAUACCACGGGUGUCCCCGGGUCUCAGGUCCAUGGCCGUGUCCCGAAACAGCGCCUCCUCCGUGGGCAUGUACAGGCGGCUGGGCCAACCUCCAGGCUCCUUCUCUCUCGUGGCCACGGACUCCCUCGACUUGAUCCAGACUUCGGUGGUCAACAACGAACUGAAAGUCAUCAGAACCAAUGAGAAAGAGCAGCUGCAGGGUCUAAAUGAUCGCUUCGCCAUGUUCAUUGAUAAAGUCAGACACCUGGAGCAGCAGAAUAAAGUACUGGAGGCCGAGCUGGUGACGCUGCGGCAGAGGCAGAGCGAACCGUCACGGGCCGCUCAUCUCUACCAGCAGGAGCUGAGGGACUUGCGGUCCCAGUUGGAGGACCUGAACAGGGACAAGAACCGUAUCCUGAUCGAGAGGAAUAACAUGGAAGAUGAGUUGCAGAAACUCAAUGUAAAGUAUGAGCAGGAGCUGAGCGUGCACGAAGAGACGGAGCAAACCUUGAAGUCCUUCAGGAAGGAUGUGGAUGAUGCGGCAGCCAUUCGUCUGGAUCUGGAGCGCCGAGUGGAAUCGCUGAGGGAUGAAAUCUCCUUCCUGAACAAAGUCCACGAUGAGGAAAUACAGGAGUUGAGCAGCUUGAUGGAGGCGCAGCAGGUCUCCGUGGAACUGGAACUCGCCAACCCCGACCUCACCUCAGCUUUGAAAGAGAUCCGCAACCAGUACGAGUCCAUUGCCUCCAAAAACCUGCAGUCAGCAGAGGAGUGGUACAAGAGCAAGUUCGUCAACCUGAGCGAACAGGCCACCAGGAGCAAUGAGGCCAUGCGCGCCAGCAGGGAGGAGAUGAACGAGUUCAGGAGGCAGCUGCAGGCCAAGACCCUGGAGCUCGAGACGCUGAGGGGUGCCAACGAGUCUCUAGAGAGGCAGACCACAGAGAUGGAGGACACUCACAAUGCUGAAGUCACAGCAUUGCAGGACACGAUUGGCCAACUGGAUACUGAGCUGAGGAACCUCAAGGGCGAGAUGGCUCAGCACCUGAGAGAAUAUCAGGACUUGCUCAACGUCAAGAUGGCCCUGGACAUUGAGAUAGCUGCUUACAGGAAGCUGCUGGAAGGCGAGGAAACUCACUUUAACUCAGGGAUGUCAUUCGGAGCCGCCAGUUACAGCUACCAGGCCCGAGCCCCAGCCGGCUCCUCCAGAAGCAACCAGCGAGACAAAGACGGAGCCAAGAAGGAAAGCCUCAAGGAGGAGGAGAAGGACGAAGCAGACAUCAAUUCCAAUAACUAAAGACACAGACUGAGGCAGGAAGGUAGACAAAUAAUACAUACUGUAUUUAUAAAGUUCUAGUCAAAUACUGUAUAUGCCCAGUAGAGUCCAACUAUCACAUUGCAGUUCAUGUAAUGUUUUUGGAGUGAUGAACAUCAGGAGUCAGAUAUAUGAUUUAUUUCUUUCCAUAGUGCUUAAGUCUGAAACGUAGAACAUUUUUGGACUCAAAAUCUUUCUCAAAUGGAAGCUUGUAUCAAGAUGUAAAUCAGGUGAAGUUAACCUAUUAUAGGGUAUGUUACAAUUGAUAAACCAGUAACGUGCUAGACUCCUGUCAUUUUUAUGUGUGAAGUGUGGUGGCUAACCAAACGUUUAUCACACCAAAUAGGUUGUUUGCUCAUCACUUAAAAAGCUUCAUAUUAGUGUUCUUUCUUCGGUUACUGAAAUAACUAGCUUGUUUGUGUGUGACUACCGCUGUAUUUUUGGCUAAUAUCCGUCUUGAUGUCAGGAAAUCUGUUUUAGAAGUGGCUGUGAAAAUACUGUACUAAUAGACCAUUUUACCUAACUUUAUGCAUCAGUGUCCACCCCUAUUCACAGUGGAAUUAAUUUGUAUGGACUGAUGUUAAGAAUAAAAAGAUCA